UCAAUCCCAAAUAAAAAUAUAUGAUACAAUGUUUCUCAUGCCAUUUUCAUAUUCCAAGGUGAACUUUCACAAGGGAGAACCCAAACACACAAUAGCAAAGCAAUUAUGAGCAAGAAAAUGUCUCCCAAAUCUUCACCUUCUCCUUCUUCUUCUUCCAUGUCCCAACAUCCUUUCUUCCCUACUGUAAAAGUACAUGAUGAUCGGAAAGAAGAUGACAGCAUCGAGCAUAAAGUACGUGCUGGAUCUACGUCGAGCAAGGGGCCUGAGAAAAGAGCAGGCAGUCCUGAGCAGCCCAUCGGCAAAAGGGUCGAGGUGGUGUCAGUCUCGUGCGAUGGCUGCCGCCCCCAUCAAUACUCCUGGGAGAGUAAGAUCUCUGUGGUUCCUUUAGAGUAUGACAGUCGCGGACUUGAAAAGGGUGUCCCCAUCAUGAUUCCCAGCCCCAGUAGCAUGUUCAGGAUGAUCAUCUCAUCCUUGUCGAGGAGAAGCCCAGCAGCAGUGGGGAGUCGGACCAGUCGGAUCAUGGAGGAUGAAUCCUGGAAGGUGGCGCUUGAUGAGCUCUCCCGCAAGCUGAUAGAGACCAUGAGGGAGAGCGAUGCAGCGCUACUGGAAGUUUCGAGGCUGAAGUACUCAAUGGUGGAGCUCGACAAGAAGCUAAACGGGCUCGAGGUCUACUGCCAUAGCAUGAAAUCUGGUCUUGAAGAGCACCGCAGAUCAUCAACGUAUCCGCUGUUUCAAAUAGCCCACAGCCCCGGGAGGCCAAGCAAGAACUCGGUCGUCAACAAUGACAAAAUUAUUGGGAGUUUCUCCAUUGCAGAAUCGAAAGCACGGAAAUGUGUAAGGACCUUGACCCGAUUGAUCGUGUUAGAGCUUCGAUAUGCUGGUUCUAAGGUCCAUGGGGCAAUUUCUGGGCUGCUGAGGCCCUACAACAUAAACAUCUUACCUUCAACUAAUCCUAGGAGUCUGGUCCUUUACCUUGAUGCUUUACUGAAUAACAUAUUCUUCGAAGAUUUCGAAACGAUCGGGUUCCACGCGAAUGCUGCUAACCCAAUAUUGAACACUAUCGAGCUCUGCCAGGCGAAUUUUGCCUCCUACAAGUCCCUCAAAGGGAUGACUUGGCCAGGAGUCCUAGAGAAGGGAACGAGGCAUUUUUGUGAUCGGUUCAGCAGGUUCUGCGAUAGGAAGAUGAGUGACAUCGUGAGCAGGCUUGGCUGGGGCCGUGCAUGGCCAGAGGCGCUCCUGGAAGCAUUCUUCGGGGCAUCAAAGAGUGUAUGGUUGGUUCACCUUCUGGCCAACUCUGUCCAUCCAGGCUUGCCGAUCUUCAGAGUUGAUGCGGGGACGAAGUUUGAUCCGGUUUACAUGGAAGACCUAGGACAGGACAAACUCGGAGAUCAAAGGUCCGGUUCCGCUAAUAUCCAGCUCAUGGUGUCGCCGGGUUUCUAUAUUCAGGAUUGUGUAAUCAAGUGCAAGGUUUUUGCAGGCAGCAGUGCUAUGUAGCUUUACCAUGCCUUCCGAUCAGAACGAACCAAUUAGCUUCAUCUUUUAUCUCCUACACGCAUGGUGGAGGUAUGGUGGAGGUUGCAUAGAUCUGAAUUACGAAAAUUAAGAUAGUGAUUGUACGUCUUACAAUUGCCGAGAACGAGAUGGGAUGAAAAUGACAUUAAAUGUGAUACCCGAGCUCACAGAUUAUUUUGCGUGAUUUUUUUAGCAUCAUAAAAUCCCACCUUGAGGUUGAUUAAUUGAAUCAAAGUAAACGCCUGUCUUUUAUUAUUAUUAUUAUUUUUUUCUGGUCAAGUGAAAGAAGGUUCCUAGUAUUUUAUUGUUAAGUAUAGUUAUGAUUCUUUCAGUCUAUCUAUCUAUUCAGCAAAUAAAUAGAAAUUCUCUCUAUCAAUAUGUAUGGUCUUGGACCAUUAAUAAUGAUUUUUCUUUAGAA